AAAAACACAGACAAGGCUGUGCACAAAAACUAACCUUGUUCAAUACGUUUAAAACGUAACAUUUAAUUAUCCUUAUCAUUACAUCCUUAUUACAAACGUAUUCUAAAUAAUGAAUAUAUGUGAAACGAAUGCGCUUUGAACUAUAUUCAAAUGAACAAGAUUAUUGUUCGCUCUUUCUUAUCUUUAACUAAUUAAUUGAAUUGUCAUGUAAUCGUGUAAGAUAAGGUUAAGAUCUUAGUGUUGCUAUGGGACAGCAGCAGCAACAGCGGUGUCAUUUGCGCAUUCACGGGAUAACGUGCCGUGAGCGCGCUUCAGGAGAUGCGCGCUCCUCUGAUUACAGUCAACUGUGAGUGGCAGUGAGUGCUGUAUGGCAAGAAAGAAGUGAAGGAUGUAGUUUCACGGAGCGGGGUCUCGGAUGUCUGCAGCGCACAGAUUUCUUUCUCCCUAAGCCAGAGGGUAACUGGAUGAUGGCAUGGCUAUAAACCGCUGCCCUGGGGGCAGUAUGAGGAUCCAUCUCACCAGUUUCUCCUUAUUGCUCCUCCACUUGCUUUCCAGUUUGGGGCAACUACAGGAGCCAGUGUCCACCUCUAUUCAAUUUACCAGCUCCAUCUACAAUGCCACCAUUUAUGAGAACUGUGCAGCUCGGACAUACAUUAGGACUGAUGUUAAAAUGGGGAUUGUUCUGUCUAAGUUGGGUCCUUUAGACAUCGAAUAUUCCAUUGAAUCUGGAGACGAUGAGGGGCUGUUUCAGGCAGAGGAGUUUAUGUUGGGGGACUUUUGUUUUCUCCGCAUACGGACUAGUGGUGGCAGCGCUGCCAUUCUGAACCGGGAAGUGCAGGAUAAUUAUACAUUAACUGUGAGGGCUACUGCCGGAGGGGGGCUGGAGGCUUCUGUGACAGUUAAUGUGCAAAUUAUGGACAUGAACGACCUCCGACCUUUGUUCUCUCCCACUUCCUAUGCCAUUAAUAUUCCAGAAAGUACUCCUUUGGGAUCAAAUGUGGCUCAGGUGACUGCCACUGAUGCAGACAUCGGCUCCAAUGGCGAGUUUUACUAUUUCUUCAGAGAAGAGGUUGAGGAGUUUGCUGUCCACCCAACCAGCGGGGUGGUAUCACUCACAGCUAAGCCCAAUGCAGAUAAAAAGAGCAGGUUUGACCUUGAAGUUUUAGCAGUGGAUCGUGGAAUGAAGGUUUAUGGGAACAGCGGUAUUAGCAGUACAGCCAAACUAGUGAUCAGUGUUCUGCGUAUCAAUGAGUUUCCACCAACUCUGACUGCAGUCGCACUUUACCCUUUAAUAUCAGACAAAGAGCCGGUUUAUGCUGUUGUUACUGUUGAAGACUUGGACGAAGGACCCAAUGGAGAAAUAGAGUGGGUUGCCAUUAUUGCAGGUGAUCCUCAGGAGCAGUUUGUCCUUGACAGAGCUCCACUUGGAAAUGAGUACAAGCUAAAGAUGUCUGAGCCUGUCAACUGGGAUAAAUUUCCUUACGGUUGCAAUCUCACUUUUCAAGCCAAAGACAGAGGCACACCACCAAGAUUUUCGAGCGCUCAGACUGUACAGCUCCUAGUGAAAAAGCCACAGUCUGUGCAAGUGAGUUUUGAAAGGAAAACUUACAAAACUUCAAUUAUUGAGACUGCACCACCAUGGACCAUUGUAGAAACUGUGAGGAUAUCCCCAAGACCGCCGGUUGUCAGCUAUGCCCUAAGUCUGACCUCUGAUUCAAUAUUUUUUAUAAUUAAUCCACUUACUGGUGUUAUCACGACAGCACAAGAGUUUACCACAUUAAGCCACAUUAAGGUUUUUAAUUUAGAGGUGAUGGAGACAGUGAGUGGAAUGACAGCAAAAGUGCAGAUCAAGGUUGAGGAUGCUAACAACAAUUCACCAAUAUUUACCAGCACAUUUUAUGAAGUUUUUGUAAAUGAGAGUAUUCCCAUUGGCACAGUCAUUCUCACUCUAUCAGCAGUGGAUGAUGAUAAAGGUGAGAAUGGGUGCAUAACAUACAGUAUAGCCAGCCUUCAACCACUACCGUUUAUCAUUAACCAAACUACAGGAGAGCUAAUGACAUCCAAAGAACUGGAUUUUGAAUCAUCCUUGGAGACGUAUGUAUUUGCUGUCCGGGCCUCAGAUUGGGGCUCACCUUACAGACGAGAAAGUGAGGUAAAUGUUACAGUUCAAGUCUUGAACAUCAAUGACAACCAACCCCUUUUUGAGCGUGUGUCAUGUAAAGGUGCAAUAGGACGUGAUUUUCCUGUUGGUCAGACCAUCAUCAUAAUGUCUGCCAUUGAUAUUGAUGAGCUUGGAUUGGUUAAAUAUGACAUUUUGUCUGGAAAUGAGCAAGAUGUAUUCAGUCUUAACCCAGACUCUGGGAUGUUGUCUUUAAAAAGACCCCUCAGUGCAAUGAGUGCAAGGAUUGAACAGUUUAACUUGAAAAUAGUUGCGUCAGAUGGCGAGAUGCUCUCUGAACCCACAUUUGUAAAUAUAUCAUUAGUCCGAGGCAGUAUGCCAGCAAGGAGUUUUAAUUGUCGAGACACAAAAGUUGCACAAAAGUUAGCUGAGAAACUUCUGAAACGAGCCACUGCUAUUAGCAAAUCCAAAGUGGAGGAAGGCUACACAGAUCUGUUUUCUGUCAACAAACAGACACCUCAGUUUGAAUCCUUUCCAUCAGAUAUUGUAGUUCGUGAAGACAUGCCUGUGGGAGCAAGUGUCCUUCAGGUGAACACAAAUGAUGGUGACACAGGCUACAAUGGUCGCAUCCUGCACGCCAUAUCAGAUCCGAACAGUGACAGCUGUUUUAAUAUUGACAUAGAAACUGGCCUAAUAUACAUCUAUCAGCCGCUGGACCGUGAACGUUCAGACCGGUACCUCCUUAACAUAACUGUAUAUGACUUGGGCAUUCCACAGAGAUCCAGUUGGAGAUUGUUAACUGUAAACAUUGAGGAUGUGAAUGAUAAUAGCCCAGAAUUCUCCCUCGAGAGCUACACUGCUGUUGUAACAGAGAACGCAGCCAUUGGCACAGAAGUGAUCCAGGUCACAGCUUCAGAUAAUGAUCUUGGCGUGAAUGGUGAAAUUUCAUACACCUUGUUAACAAACACCCCUCUGUUUUCCAUAAACAGCGAGACUGGUUCUGUUUAUGUGUCUGGUCAUUUGGACAGGGAGUCCAUUUCUGAUUUCACUCUCAAAAUUCAAGCGACAGAUAAGGCAGAAAGAGGGAAUCAGAUGUUCUCUGAGACAACACUGAGAGUCUACCUUGAGGAUGUAAAUGACUGUGCUCCUGUGUUUAUUCCCAAGAGCUACAGUUGCCGUGUUUUGGAAGACCUUCCCAUAGGUGCAGUGAUAGCUUGGCUGCAAACGCAAGACCCGGACAUCGGAUCUGGUGGAUGGGUGAGAUACUCCCUGCCCAACGACUUCAACGGAACAUUUAAGAUUAAUUCUGAAAGUGGUGCCAUUAAGGUGGCUAAGGAUCUGGAUUAUGAGAAGCAACAGUUCUACAAUCUCUCACUAGUUGCAGAGGACUUGGGUUUUCCUGUCAAGCUUCGCUCCGAGUCUUAUCUUGAAGUGGAAAUCAUUGAUGUCAACGAGAACCUCAAUGAGCCAUACUUUUCUGAAUUUGCAGUGAGGGGCUCUGUAAAAGAAAACUCUCGUCAUGGUACAAGUGUCCUCCAGGUGACUGCUCAGGAUGAUGACAAGGGUAGAGAUGGAGUGAUCAGAUACUCUAUCAAUGCUAGAAGUGGCCUCGGAAGAUUUUCCAUUGAUGAAGAAACUGGAAUGAUUUACACUGCUGACUCUCUGGACUGUGAGGCUCAGGAUUCCUAUUGGCUAACUGUAUAUGCGACGGAUCGAGGCGUUGUUCCGCUUUCUGCGUCUAUUGAGGUGUUCAUUCAGGUGGAGGAUGUGAAUGAUAAUGCACCUUUGACUUCUGAACCCAUCUACCACUCGUAUGUUAUGGAGAACUCUCCUAAAGACGUGUCUGUGGUCCGUGUUCAAGCACAGGAUCCGGAUGUUACAGCUUCAGAAAGCCGUCUCACGUACCGAAUCACUGCUGGAAAUCCUCAGAACUUCUUUUCCAUCGAUUACAACACAGGACUUAUCACCACCACGUCAAGAAAACUGGAUAGAGAGCAACAAGCCGAGCACUUCCUAGAGGUCACAGUCAUGGAUGGAGGAGGGAUCUUCAGGCAGUCCACUGUCUGGGUGAUCGUGCAUGUCCAAGAUGAAAAUGACAACACUCCUGAAUUCAAAGAGUCUAUUUAUCGAAUCAGCCUUCCAGAGCGGGAUCGAAACAAACGCGGAGACCCAGUCUACAGAGUCUUCGCUUACGACCGAGACGAAGGAUCCAACGCAGACCUCACGUACAGCAUCGUGGAUGGAAAUGAUGACGGCAAAUUUGUUAUCGAUGCUAAAACAGCCAUGGUUUAUUCCAAGAAGAUGGUCACGGCUGGUGGCUAUGAUAUUCUAACGAUAAAAGCCAUUGACAAUGGGACCCCUCAGAAGUGGUCGACGGCCCGUUUGCAUGUUGAAUGGAUUCGGAAGCCCGUGCCUUCGCCACUAGCCUUGCGAUUUACUGCAGCCGUUUACAACUUCACAGUGGUGGAAAACGCUAAAGUGUAUGAGUCAGUUGGAGUGGUCUCCGUUUGGCAGACAGAAACCCCUUUAUGGUUCGACAUCAUCGGUGGACGAACGUCACGGGAGAAGUUUUAUAUCCCGCAAAGCUCCUGUGGCGCAAACUGUUCAUCUGACAGUGGUAACUAUGAUGGACCGUUUGAUAUUCAGAGAGGCAUUGGAACCAUAGUAAUAGCAAGACCUCUAGAUGCGGAGACGCAGUCGCUAUACAACAUGACGGUACAGGUGACAGAUGGGACAAACACUGCCACUACACAGAUUUACAUAAAGGUUUCGGACAGCAAUGACAACACUCCCAUUUUCUCGGAGCACACGUAUGAAGUCUUGGUGUCUGAGGAUACACCAGCCGACACUGAGGUCUUGCGUGUCAGGGCCAGGGAUAGGGAUGAACGGGCAAAAUUAAGCUACUCUAUUCAUAGCAGCGUUGAUCCAGCCAGCAUGCGGAUGUUUAGGAUCAAUCCUGGUACUGGUGUUAUGUACACAGCUGAUCGACUGGACUAUGAGGCCCGCACUCAGCACAUUCUUACUAUUAUGGUGAAAGAUCAGGAAUUUCCAUAUUACAGAGACUUGGCACGGAUUAUUGUGACUUUGGAGGAUGCCAAUAACCAGCCUCCCAUUUUUACUCAAACUAAUUAUGAUAGUACAGUGUUUGAAUCAGCCCCUCCAGGAACAUCAGCUUUGCAGGUGAUCGCUCUGGACAGAGACUUUGGGAGAAACAGAGAGAUAGUAUACUCAAUUGAUGCAGGCAACACUGGUGGCAUAUUUGGAAUUGAUCCACUAUCUGGCAUCAUUUCAGUAGCCAGAGAGCUGGACCUUACAACUGUGGGUUUUUAUACUCUUACUGUGAGAGCCACAGAUGGAGGUACCCCACCGUUAAGUAGCACCACUACUUGUAGGAUCGCCAUCUCUCUGUCUGAUUUCUCCAGUCCAAAGUUUGCCCAACAAGAAUACCAGGCUGAGAUCACAGAGAAUGUGGCUGUCGGGACUUUUGUCAUAAUUGUGUGUGCAAUCAGCCGAUCUAUGCUGAUUUAUGAGAUUAAAGAAGGAAAUGACGAGAGGAGGUUUAAAAUUAAUCGUUACACAGGUGUUAUCACAACACAAAAGGAUUUUGACUUUGAGAUGACCUCCUCAUACAUACUGGUCAUCCAGGCUGUUAACAUGGCCGGGAUUGCCUCUAGUGUCACUGUCUGCAUCCAAGUGGUUGAUGAAAAUGAUAAUCCUCCCGUUUUCCAGGAUCUCACAUAUACAGGAACCAUCAGUGAGGCAGCCCACGUCAAUAGUGUGGUGAUGACAGAGGAUGGAAAGCCCUUGGUAAUUGAAGCCACAGAUGCUGACAAGAAUCACAACGCCCUCCUAGUCUUCCAGAUUGUGGAGGAAACAGCUAAAUUGUUCUUUACCGUGGACUCGGGAACAGGUUCUGUCAGAACUAUAGCCAAGCUGGACUACGAAACCUUCAGCUCUUUUUAUUUUUCUGUAAAUGUGAGGGAUUGUGGCAGGCCUCAGCUAACAGCAGAGAAGCCAGCCAAGGUCCUAAUCAGGGUUGUGAACAUCAAUGACUCUCCCCCUCAGUUCUCACAAGAAGCUUAUGAGACUAUUUUGCUUCUUCCAACAUAUGUUGGGGUUGAGGUUCUGAGAGUAGAAGCCACUGAUCCAGACAUGACCACUGAUCUAAUGUAUUAUUUGGCUGAUAGCAACUUGGAGCACUUCGAAAUGGAGCCAUCAUCGGGGGUCCUCACUGUUAAAAACAGCAAACUGUCCAAAGACCGUUAUCGUUUCAAUGUCAAAGUGUCAGAUGGGCGGUACUUUUGCACAGCACUUGUUACUGUGCUAGUCAGGGAGGCAAUGGACAGUGGCCUCCUUUUCAGUCAGACUUCAUACUCCUCCUCGGUACUAGAGAACAGUGUGAACAUUACCACAGUGAGCAUUGUAAAUGCUGUAGGAAACCGCUUAAAUGAACCACUAAAGUACACUCUUUUGAAUGCAGGGACGAGCUUUACAAUUCGUCCCACAUCAGGGGUCAUUCAAACCACAGGAGUCCCUUUCGAUCGAGAACAACAGGAAUUGUAUGAACUGGUGGUAGAGGCGAGUAGAGAAUAUGACCAGCUGCGAGUUGCUAGAGUAACCGUCAGAGUAGAAGUUGAGGAUGUUAACGACAAUGCCCCUGAAUUUGUAGGCCUCCCAUAUUAUGCUGCCGUGCAGGUUGACGCACAGCCUGGCUCAUCCAUCUUCCAGGUGUCGGCGACAGAUUUGGACAAAGGAAUAAACGGCGCUGUGUAUUACGAGCUGAAGGAGAACCAUCCUCAUUUUGAAGUGAACAAGCUCACUGGGGAUCUUACUCUUAAAAAGAUCUUUGAUGCAGACUUGUCUAAUGUUGAAUAUCCACUUGUCGUCCUUGCACGUGAUGCAGGCUACCCCUUCCUCUUCACGGUUGCUGAGCUUCCAGUUACAGUUGUGAACAAGGCCAUGCCUGUGUUUGACAAGUCUUUUUAUGGCAUAUCAGUAAGAGAGGACAUUGGGGUGUCCACCCCCAUUUUAUGCAUAAACGCCACAAGUCCAGAAGGCCAAAACAUUAUAUACACUAUCGUAGAAGGGGAUCCCUACUUUCAGUUUGACAUUGGCUUUGACAGUGGUGUAAUUAGUGUCAUAUAUCCUUUAGACUAUGAGACCACAUCCAAUUACAGACUAACCAUAAGAUCUACAGACACUCUAACUGGAGCUAGAUCUGAAGUAGACGUGGACAUAGUUGUUGUGGACGUAAAUGACAAUGCUCCUGUAUUUCGAAAUACCUCAUACUCUACAACUUUACCAGAAAACACAAUGAUUGGGUCAAGUGUGAUACGGCUCUUGGCAACAGACAAGGACUCUGAAAAAAACAAUGUGAUCAGCUAUGAAAUACUUUCUGAUGGAUUUAACAGCACAGAUUACUUCCACAUUGACAGUACCAGUGGACUUCUGCUAACAGCUCGUCUUCUGGACUAUGAACUUACAUCAAGCUUCAGCUUUAUUGUUAGGGCAACAGAUAACGGUUCCCCAUCCCAGAACUGUGAGGUCACGGUCACCGUCUUUUUGAGUGACGUGAAUGACAACCCACCAUCCUUCAACCAACCACUUUACGAAGCCUUUGUGAGUGAACUGGCUCCCAGAGGGCACAUUGUGACAUGCAUCCAAGCUUCUGAUUUAGACAGCUCGGACGCUGAGAGUUUGAGGUACAGCAUACUCUCUGGAGAUGAAAAAAUGAACUUCGUAAUAGACUCACAGACAGGUGUCAUCUCGUUGUCUAGUCAGCGCAGACAGGGAAUGCGGCCAACAUACAACCUCAAUGUGUCCGUAUCAGAUGGGGUAUUCACCAACACUGCACAAGUGAACAUUCGAGUGAUGGGGGCCAACCUUUACAGCCCUGUUUUUAGUCAGAGGUUUUAUUUGGCAGAGGUCCGUGAGAAUGCCCCUGCUGGUUCCAGAGUCAUUCAGGUGCGUGCCACAGAUGAGGACUCUGGGAUUUUUGGCCAGAUCAUGUACUCCUUCAUCAAUGAUCUUGGAAAGAGUCAAUUCAACAUUGGAGCUGAUGGCCUGAUAACAACCGCUCAGAAACUUGACAGAGAGAACCCAAUAAACCGAGACAUUGUAUUGACUGUUAUGGCACUUGAUGGAGGGGGAAGAGCAUCCUUCUGCACUGUUAGGGUAAUUCUUGCUGAUGAGAAUGAUAACGCUCCACGUUUUAGGGCUAUGGAGUAUAGAGUUAGCAUAAAAGCUAAUGUGCCAAUGGGAUCACUGGUGACUCAGAUCCAGGCUCAGGACCCAGAUUCUGGUGACAAUGGCAGAGUUGCCUACUCUCUGUACAGUGAAGCAAGGCUCCCCCUAGUAGAUGUGCUGGAGAUUGAGCCUGACAGUGGGUGGAUGGUCACAAAAGGAAGCUUGGCACAUCUCAGAGGAACGGUACUGUCCUUUUUUGUCAAAGCUACUGAUGGAGGUGUCCCAGCCAAACAUUCUCUUGUGUCUGCAUUUAUUCAUGUCUUGCCACCUGAUGCAAGCGUACCCUCUUUCUCCCAACCCCAGUACUCUUUUACAGUCCCAGAGGACACACCUGUUGGGACAGCCUUAGGAUCAGUGUAUUUAAGUCCUGGGCAGACUGCCUUAUUUUCUGUGGUAAAUGGGGAGACUGGGGAGAGUAACCAGAGUGGUACAUUUUUGGUUGAGAGAGAAACAGGACUUCUAAGGCUUGUUAGCCCCCUUGACUAUGAACUUACAAACAUUUACCAUUUCAAAGUUGCAGCCACCAUGAGGCAGGCACUGGUGGAGUCCAUGUCUGUAGUAGAUGUAGAAGUCAAGGUGCUUGAUGUGAAUGACAACAAACCAUUAUUUGAAACCAGUUCUUAUGUGGCCAUGGUCAUGGAAGGCAUGCCUAGAGGUACUCGAGUUAUUCAGGUACGAGCACUCGACCCUGAUUGGGGCUCUAAUGGACAAGUUAAUUACAGCCUUGGCCCAACCCUAAACCAAGAGCAGGAAAAAGCAAGUGGAUCUGUUGCUGGUGCAAUGUUUGUUAUCGACAGCAAGACUGGUUGGAUCACUACUCUCGGUGACCUAGACCAUGAAAUUUGCCCAUCUUACACCUUUAACGUUGUGGCGUCUGAUCUAGGUGAGGGUGUCUCGCUUUCCUCCACAGCUGUAGUAACUGUUGCAAUAGCAGACGUCAACGACAACCCCCCCACUUUCGAGAGGGAGUAUUACAGAGGUGCAGUGCGAGAGAGUGACCCACUGGGGGAGGUGGUUUCGGUGCUGAGCACUCGUGACGGAGACAGCUCUGAUCAGAAUCGGCUUGUCAGCUUCCAUAUCACAGGAGGAAACCCCAAGGGAGUGUUUGCGCUGGCUCCUAUUCAGGGUGAGUGGAAGGUUUACGUGAAGCGGCCUUUGGACAGAGAGGAGCAGGAUCAAUACCUGCUCAAUAUCACAGCCAGCGACGGCCUGUUUGUAACCCGCAUAGGCGUGGAGGUCACUGUCAUGGAUGCCAAUGACAACAGCCCCAUCUGCAAUCAGGCUGAAUAUAAGGCCUCAUUUCCAGAAGAUGUGGCUGUUAAUACUGCUAUUCUGAAAGUUGGAGCAACAGACUUGGACACUGGCGCCAAUGCAGAAAUUCAGUACUCUCUGUUUGGCAUUGGUGUUGAAGAUUUUUUCAUGGAUGCAAAUUCUGGUGAACUGAAGACGGCCGCUUUGUUGGACCGCGAGAGAACUGCAGGUUAUAUGUUGAUAGCGCAGGCUACCGAUGGUGGAGGCCUUUUUUGUCGCUCUGAAAUUUCUUUGACCAUUCUGGAUGUUAAUGAUAAUGCCCCAUCAUUUGCUUUCACACGGUUCAUGGCGAGUGUAUAUGAGAGUGCAGCACCCAAGGCCUUGCUCACACGCCUUCAGGCUAAUGAUCCAGAUGAAGGUCUGAACAGGAAGAUUGUGUACUCGCUUGUUGACUCUGCUGGUGGCGUCUUCUCCAUUGAUCCAUCGUCUGGUCUGGUGAUGCUCGAGAAGACCCUGGAUAGAGAAGUACAAGACUUGUAUCAGAUCAGGAUCAAGGCUGCAGACCGAGCCGGGGCCGAAGGUUCACUCUCCGCCCAGGUGGACCUCACCAUCAUGGUUCUGGACGUGAAUGACAACCCACCUGUGUUUGAAAAGCAAGAUUAUUCAGUCACAGUGCCGGAAGAUGUUGCAGUUGGAACAGAACUGCUGCGUGUCAUUGCCACGAGUGGCGACAUUGGAGUGAAUGCAGAAAUCUACUAUCGAAUUUUGUCUGGAAAUGAGCUGGGGAAGUUUUCCAUCGAUGAUUCAAGAGGCAUCAUUUCUGUGGCUGAUGAUCUGGACUAUGAGAUCUGCAAGGACUUUUUCUUAAACGUCGAGGCCUUUGAUGGCGGCUCGCCUCCCUUGAGAGCCGCGAUUAUUGUAACCAUCGAGCUCCUGGACGUCAAUGACAACUCGCCCUCAUUCAGCGAGGAAAUCUACAAUGUUCUGAUCAGCGAAGACAUAGCCAUUGGAGAAACCGUCACAAGGCUGUUUGCUGAGGACUUGGACAGUCAGAUCAACGGUCGCAUCACUUACUCCAUUCUGAAAGGGGAUCGUGAAAACCAGUUUUGGAUCGACCCCGUUACCGGGCUUCUGAAAGUUAACAAGGCCCUGGACAGAGAGACGGUCUCGAGCUACUCAUUGUCUGUGCAAGCGUUUGACAGCGGGUCACCUGCCAAGUCAACCACUGUGAAUGUCAAUAUCGAGAUUGCCGAUGUGAACGACAACCCGCCGCUCUUCUCUCCUGCUAAUGCUUCAGCUGUUAUUCAGUUGAACAAGCCUGCAGGAAGAACCAUCCUCACACUGUCAGUUUCUGAUAAGGAUUCAACUAGAAAUGGUGGACCUUUUGAGUUUCGCCUGGUGUCUGGAAAUGAGGGCAAUGCCUUUAGUUUGGACCAGAAUGGAGAGUUACGGACAAGCCAAGCGUUUGGCCCGGAUGCAACUCGAGAAUAUACACUUGAGAUUCAGGCGCGUGACUCCGGCAAGCCUCGUCUGUCCUCCACAUCCUUUGUGUUCGUGCGUGUCAUUGGAGACAGCCUCUUCAAACCUGUGGCCUUCCCACUGGAAAUCAGCAUUGUCAUGGCCGCAGAUGUGUUUCCUGGCGGGAUUAUAGGCAAGGUCUAUGCCACAGACCGAGACGACAAUGAUGUUCUGUCUUUCAGCCAGAGACCACAAUCAAAGAGCCUUUUUAAAAUCAACAGACAGGACGGGAAGAUUGUGGCACUAAAUGGUCUGGAGCCUGGAAGAUACUCUCUUAACGCUACGGUCAGUGAUGGGCGUUUUUCAGUGACUGUUGGCGUCAGUAUCCUGGUGGAGCAGGCCACAGAUGAGAUGGUGCAGAAUGCUGUGACUCUGCGUUUCCAGGACUUGUCGCCUGAGGAUUUUGUGGGUGUUUACAUGACGGACAUGAAGAAGGUUCUCCGUAGCUCACUGAUCAGUGAUGGGACAGAUGUUCUGGAUGGGCCAGACCCUCUCCACAUCCUGGGUGUCCAGCCACUGAGCCGCACCAAUCAGCUGGAGGUGCUUCUUGCCGUGGAGACACCAGAUGGAGGAUUUGUUGGCCCAGGAGAACUGGCUCUCAAGCUGGAGGAGGCAAAGGGUCUGCUGAAGGGAGCGUUGCGAGUGGUCAGUGUCCUGGAUCAGAGCUGCUCAGGGGAGCUGGAAUGCGGAGAGAGAGCCUGCGAGCUCAGUCUCAGUCUCGACUCCAUUGGUUUGGUCACUUACACCACUUCCAGAGUCAGCUUUGUGUCACCACGCUUCAGCAGGAAAGAGAUGUGCACAUGCCCGGGAGGAAUAUGUCCGUCUUCUCUCGAGCUCUGUGAUGGGCAAACAUGUCCGUCAGACAUGCAGUGUGUGCGCAGCGGCCCCACAGCGCCCUCUCUCUGCCAAUGUCUGCCAGACAAGCUGGACAAGUGCGCAGGUCAAACAUCUUUGAGCUUUGCGGGGAACAGUUACAUCAAAUACAGAGUGACGGACAGUGAUAAGAGCAGAGACAUGAAGCUGGGCUUGAAAAUCCGAACUCUGCAGAGCCAGGGUGUCAUCAUGUACACACGCGCAGACCCCUGCACGUUGCUCAAGAUUGAGGAAGGGCGCCUGUGGUUCCAGAUGGACUGCGACAACAGACUGGACAUCCUGGGCAUCUCUGGUCGUCCAAUCAAUGACGGGUCGUGGCACAGUGUGACCCUGGAGCUGACCAGCAACUAUACUCUUCUUUCUCUGGACGACAGCUAUGUGGAGCGCCGGCGCUCUGCACGAGCCCCUGUUCGCAUCUGGCCCUUGGCUGCAGACGCAUCGCUCUUCUUUGGGGCUCAGGUGUUGCAUGGACCAGUGGGUGGAGGCGGUCAGAGGCCCCCACGGGUGCAAGAAGGCUUUCAGGGGUGCCUUGGGUCCCUUAUGCUCAAUGGAAAUGAACUCCCUUUACAAAAUAAAAGGAGCCGCUAUGCAGAGGUAGCUGGACUGAGUGACGUCAAGCUCGGAUGUGUUUUAUAUCCUGAUCCCUGCCUCGGAGGACCAUGUCAGAAUGGAGCUGCUUGUGCAAAGAUGCCCUCUGGUGAUUUCUUGUGCAGCUGCCUGCCGCAGUUCACCGGGUCUCGCUGUGAGAUGGAAGUGACGUCCUGUGUACCGUCACCUUGUCAGAACGGAGGUGAUUGCAAGUCUGUUGGAAACAACUUCCUCUGUGGCUGCCUCAAAGGCUACACUGGAGUCAUAUGUGAUGAGGAUGUGAACGAGUGUGAGAGAGAGGAGUGUGAAAAUGGAGGAAAGUGUGUCAACACAUUCGGGGCCUUCUACUGUAACUGCAGCACAGGCUUUGAGGGUCAGUUCUGCGGGCAGCCGUCGCUAGACAGCCUGGACACUGAAGCCUUGUCAUACGUCGGACCGGGAGAGAUCAUCGGCAUCGGCGUUUUGCUGUUCGUUGUUUUGGUCUUGUUGACCCUACUGGCCGCCUUUCGUAAAAAAGUCCUCCGGAAGGACUGGAGCCGAGGAGAGGCAGUGGGCAUCUCCACAGAGACCAACUACAUGCUGCAUAAGACCAGCAUCGGAGCUGAGGGAAUUGAGUUCAAAUCUGUACGAGUCAGUGGCGAGUGUCGCACUAGCUUGUACCGAAAUGACAGUACAGGAGGGCCACCGCAGGUCAUGGUGCGUCCCACAGCCUACACACUUCCCCAAUGCCAGGGCAUCCCCCGAGGGGAGAUAGAUAAGGCUGAUGGAGGCCUGGCCACCCUUUGCUGCCCUCCACAGAUGAGCACCUUCCAGCCGGAUCUGCCACACAUCCUUGGGAUGCCAAGAAGAGGUGUAGCCAUCUGCAGUGUGGCACCCAAUCUACCCCCAUCACUGUCCCCAAAUCCAUCCGAACGCAGUCCAAUCCGCAAACCUCCCUGGGAGGAAGAGGAGGAUGACGACGAUGAAGAUGAUGACGACAACAACACGGAGCAUAAAGUCCGAGCUCUGGAGUGGGAAGGCAGAGGUUAUCAGGUGGAUGGACAGGAAGCUUACAGAAGUGGGGGAGCUGUAAACGCAGCAGAAGAGGUCACCGGCUUCUCUGACAGCAGCACCAGCGAGGCUCAUUCCCUCAGGUCUUUCCAGUCCGAUUCCUGCGACGACAACGCCUCCAUAGUGACUGUUAUACGACUGGUAAAUAAUGCAGUGGACACCAUUGAAAAUGAAGUUGCAGGUCUGGGUGACAUGCAGCCUCACAGUAGAACCUCAAGCCCACACCUUCACUGUGAGGAUGAGAUAUGCUUGGAUUUCAUCAAAGAGUAUUUUAUGAAUUCUUAUCAAUGGCAAACAUCAGACUGGCAUGACGCCUCUCUGCCAGGUAUGGAAUCACCACCUCGAGACCAAACCCCUACACCACCACCUCCACCCCUCCCUGCUCCACCACCUCCACUGACCCCUUCACGGCUAGGUGGCACACCGACCCGUCUGGGCGGCAGCGUUCGAUUGGACGGAAGCACUCUAUCGCUGCAGACUGGCUACCCGUUACGACGGUACCAUGGCCAGAGAGAUUUCCACACUUCUUUAACUCUGGAUGAUAACGGUUCACCAGUUUAUGAAGAAUAUCGUGAUCCAGAUCAUUAUGACACUGCCUCUACUAUUCACCCGCUGGGAUUUAGUGAAGGACGAUCUAGACCUGACUACCAUCACUCCAGUCAAUACUUGCUUUCUCACCCUCCUCUACUUGCCUGGGAAGAGCGUCCGCGUGUCUGGGAAGAUGCUCACACCUUCGGUAGCCAGCAGGAGAUCGACAGGCUGGGCAGGAUUUCGCUUCGGGCUCGUUUGCGGGGUCAGAGCCCAAAGACAUCUCUGUCCAACAUGAGAGAUUAUUAUUGACCAUUACCUUGACAGAAAGUGCUCAAUUUUACUCGAUACAUGUGAUCAUGCUACUGACGUCAAAGUGUGUGCUAAUCUGUUGGGAAUGGAAGCAGCCUUAAGCCCAAAGUAUACAUCUUUUCUAAACUGUAUUCACGCAAGUAACAGAUACCAAAUAGUAGGAACUGUGUGAGUAAAGCUUACUUCCCUGGUCUCAAGGUAGCUGGACUAGCAAAUGAUGUUAGAUCAAAUCUUGCUCUGAGGGAUUCGAAAUGGGUUACAUUGGUGCCAUGACCCUGUUUGUACUGAGGCUUUUGGGGGAGGGUGGGGUGUAAUGUAGACCAGUUUAGCAGGGGAGAGUGUAACGUGGAAAAAAUAAUGGGAGUUGUGUAAGUAAACCUCACCCCCCUCUGUCUUACGAGAUGCACUAAAGUUUCUAGCAUCCUUGUUGGAGUACAUGUUUCUCAUGUAGAUCCACAGGUUUAAAUCCUGGUGCGAGUAAAACCAAAAGAGGGAGUUAUUUUUUUGCUAUUUUGCUAUGACCCCUAAUGAGUAAUGAUUAGGUUGGUGAAAGUAAUGGGUAAUGAAGAUCAGCUACUUCCCAUGCUAGAAGUGUUUAAAUCUCACUCUGAGCAAUGGUGUGUAGAACUGCAGGGUUUGCAUUGGUGCCGUGACCCGGAUCGGAAUGAGAUUUAAGUGCAUGAGUGUAACAGAGGACAUUUAGAAGGAGCUGUGUGAGUAAACCUCAGUCCUUUCACUACUAGAUUCUAGAGGCAUACUUGAGGCAGAGGUAUUUAGUAUUUAGUUGGAGAGCCAUCCUGCCAUCCUGGAAACUGCAGUACCAAUGGAGGUGUUGCACAUCCACAGUUAAAUGCACAGGUCUGCAAAUUUGUGUAAGUGAAAAUGUCUUAAGUCAUUUCACACAGGUGCUUAAUAACAUCUUACUUAUAUCUAUUAAGCAGAUGCUUUUUAUUCAAAGCAACGAGUGAGAAUUAAAAGCGCUUCAGAUCACCAGAGAACAGCAAUAUAUAGAUGCCAUGACAAGUCUAAGUUAGCUUAGACUUAUUUUAUUAUUAUUAAGUCCUUGUGUCAGAGUUUGUAGGAGAGUGUCUGGUGCAUGUAAAGAAGACUGUGUACCUCUGUGAAGCACACUGAGAGAUGCACAACAAUUUCCCACAAAUAUGAGAACAUAUUUGUCUAUCAAGCCUUGUUUUUUGUGUGUGUUUUCACAUUGUGAUACAGCUUGGUUCAAGAUAUACAAACUAGGUAGUAAAGAAAAACUCAAAUCACCUGUGUGAACUGAAAAUAUGUUGUAAACCUACGUAGAAAUUUUGUGCUGUGUUGUUUUGAUGCACAUUCUAGUUUACACUUAAAAAGUAUACUUUGGGCUUCAGUCAUACUGUUAAUUAGUAACACCUCUUCAUGUGCUUUUUGAAAGGAAUUGUUCACCCAAAAGUGAAAAUCCCCAUCAUUUACUCACCGUCAUGUUGUUCCAAACAUACACCCAAAGAAGAUAUCUUUAAGAAAAACUCAUAAAGAUUUGGAACAACAUGAUGGUGGGUACAUUUUUGGGGGGUUAACUUGGUGAGAACAUGCAUAGUUGUAAUCAACCCAGGCUCAUUGUGGAUAUGUGUCCAGGUCUACAUUUCUGGGGACAGUGAAAUACAUAACCUUAGGUACGUCUGCUUGUACUUUUUGCAAAUCCACCAGAUGUUUAUACUUUUUGAUGAUUACAAAUUCCUUUCACGCGUCCACUUUUCAUGUAAAUGAUCCGGCACCUCGUUUUACCGAACUCCCUCUUCACGCAUCCCUCCUCCCUGCUCUUCACCUUCAUCUACGACAACACCCACCCCACCAACUCUUCACUUUCGCAUUCCCUACACCUCUCCCUCCUCUGGUAACAUGCCGGAUUUAUUACCCAGAUCUGUUCCGGGACCUCGCAAUUUACAAUUUUACAAAUUAAGCACUGCCUACUCCCAACCCAACCAAUAGUGUUUUAAAAAGCAAUCUAGAAAAAGAAAAGUCGGUGUGAUUUCACCCAAUUUUCAGCCUGUUGUUUAUUUAUUAAUAGAUUUAUUUUUUGGUUUUGUGUUACCUGGUUUCUGGAACCAUUCUUUACCGGACUUCACCAUCUCAGUCAACUCCGCAUUCCAAGUCAGACAAUGUAUGAAGUGAGCAACUGAGCAAACUGGUAAUGCUGGAAAAGCCGUCCAUGCGGAGGUGAGCGGUCAGCUAGUGACUCUGUCGUUGGUGACAUCAUACUCCCCGUAGUGUUCAUUUUAAAGGUGAAAUGCAGCCAGACAAACCUCUCCAGAAAUGUAGACAGGUGUACGUAUCCACAAUGAGCCCUUAGUUGGAUUUAACACACUCUCAUGUGUUCAUUGAAGAAGCUGUCUGAGACCGGCUUUGUGUUGAUAUGCUACUGUGUUUGUGAAACCAAAUAUGUUAUUGAUGGAAUCCGGAUACAGGGUUGUUUCUCAACCAGGAAGGCUACAACUUAUAAGGGGCCUCAAAAUGGUUUUAACUUAGCAUUAAAAUAAUCUAAAAUAUUUAAAUCAAAA